AUGUCGACUGCAAGAGGGAAUCUCAAGAUCCUUCAAUGGCUUCGUGAAGAGGGCUGUCCUUGGGAUUGCGACACCUGCACCAAGGCAGCCGCGUACGGGUACCUCACACUGUUGAUUUGGGCCCUAGCGAACGACUGCACAUGGGACGGGGAGCUUUCAGACGUGGCAGAUGCCAACGGCUACGGCUACAUCCGUGGCUGGGUGAAGAAUAACGUUUGGCGGACCACUUCGCAACCGACCAUACCGGUUGAUAUCGAGUGGUGA